AUGGCCCUGCAGUUGCUGGCUUUGAGGUUUCUCCUGGUCUUUGUAUCUCUGCUGGCCGCGCAGGGCCAGGAAGAACCUGAUCCCAAGGUCCAAGGAGUGCUCUGGGAAACAGAAAUGUGCCAAAGGCCUCUAUGGGACCCAAGACUCCAGAUGGCACCAGACCAGGAGAGUUACAAGAAGAAUGAAGAAGUGGUGCUGAGCUGCCCUGAGGGUUUCCAGCCAUCCUUCACCCAGGUCAAAUGUUCAAGUGAAGUCCAGUCAAUCAGCCUUGGGAAACCUGUAUACAGAGAAGUUUGGCGUGGAAGGGACAGCAGAGGUAGUUGGAUCCGCAUCCGGUCCAAUGUGGAGUGCAUUGAGGUCCUCCAGGUUGUUCCCGGGACUUUGGAGAUUUCCAGCACCAGCAUCAAGCUGAACUGGACCUGCACGCUACUCAAUGUCUGCCAGCAGAUGCAGGCCACGUGCCGUCUGGCCAUGCCUUCCUCCCCUCCCUGUGAGGCUGAGGAGGUGAAGGGAGAGGAGAUGCUACACGGCCAGGGGGGAACAUUCACCUGUUCCCCUCUGCAGCCCUUCACUGAAUACAGUGUCACCGUCUCCCUGCCCCCCAGCACGAUCCUUUUUGCAUGGUUGGUCAGGACAGAGGAAACAGUGCCGGACAAACCAGAGAAGCUGUGGCUGGAUUCCAACACAGGGUCCCUCAUGUGGACUCCACUGCCCUCCUGCCAAGGAGAGAUCAUUGGAUACCAGCUGAACAUCACCACGAGGAGCACGCAGGACAGUGGCUUCCUGGAGGUGGAGAGGCUGGGGCUGAGCAGCUCCGUCACUGAGCACCCACUGACCCAGCACAGCCCUGGCAGCAGCUACGUGGUGACGAUUCAGGGUCUCACAGCCGCCGGAGCCGGGGCUGCGUCGCUGUGGGAGUUUCAGACCAACGGGUCAGACACCUCACACCCUCUCAACAUUGGCUGCCGCAGCGUCCAUGACGUCUCCCCAUCCCAAGGGACUGCUGUGCUUCCCCUCCACCCCAUCGCCCGUCCCCCCGAGGCCGUGAGGGAGCACCAGCUCAUCGUGGCCGUGGCCCACAACGGCACGGUGGUGGAAGGCGCCUGCUCGGGGGAGCCGCAGCCCUUCAACGCCAGCCGGCAGCCCAGUACCUACGUGGCUGCCGUGCUCAACCUCACCGGCCCCACGGACUUUGUGCUGGGUGAUGGGACCCGCGGACAGGGCUACCACAACGCUGCCCUCCGGCCGGGCUGGGACUACAUGGCCCUUCUCCGCCUCAUCCGCCACUCGCAGCAGGCAGAGAAGUUCACCUGCAUCUGCUACAGCUUCUCUCUUGUUGCAGGGCAGCAUCCGGGCCCAUGGCGUGGGACUGUGAUUGGGGUGGUUGUGCUGUUGGCACUCCUUCUCGUGUCUGCAGGGAUCCUAUGGUUUGUGCUUUCCAGGAAAAGGAAGUCUUUUCCCAGCAAAGCUAAGGAGGAUAAUUAA